AUAUAUAUUAUAUAUUUCUCUUUGAUAUACAGAAAAUUGUGAAGCAAUCUUGCAGCAUGAAGAAAACCAGUGUGGUGAAUCUUGAUAACCUUUUAGAGGACUUCUCACAUAUAGAAAUGAAAAUAUCAGAACUUCAUGGAAAAAAUCAUCUUCUGAAUCUUGAGUUGGACAAAACAAAUAAAUUGCUGACAAUCAGCCAGUCAAGGGAAGAGAUGGAUAAACAAGAGUGUGCUGCAUUCCAGAAUGUGAUUAAAGGUCUUCAGCAAACUAUAGAGAACCAGUAUAAUUUGAGAGAUGAAAAUGAGAAUCUCAAAAACGAAGUCCAGAUCUUAGAAGAGAAAUUGAAGGCCCAUGAAGAGGAACAUAAGAAUGUGGUUGAUAAACUCAUAAUGGAAAUAAAGAACAAGGAGAAGGAACACCACCUUGAAAAGAACAAACUUCACAGUGACAUGAACAAGCAGUUUGAAAUCAAGGUGGAAGAGCAUAAGCAACUAAUAGAGAAGAAAGACCUAGAGAUUUUGAAACUAACUAAACAACUUAAAGCUCAAGAAAAGGAAAAGCAGAAUGAGAUAAUCAAAUUACAAAUAGAGUUCAGUACUAAACUGGCAAGGCUGCAGACCAAAGCACUCAAAGUACAGGCAAACCCCACAACUCUCCCUCAAAAUAUCUAUAGAAGGAAGCUUCAGCAUCUUCAAGAAGAAAAGAAUAAAGAAAUUGAGUUUCUCCAAAAUACUAUCAAAGACUUAGAACAAAAGCUCAACAAAAGUAAAGACUGUUAUUUUAAACUGCAGAAAUUUUGAGGAUGACACAAGACCACACGUUUUUACUGAGGAGACAGAACUGAAAGGGCCACACGUAUUGAAUUCACAGAUAUUCUCAUUUAUUAUAAUCAUAUUGUUUGUUCACAUGCAAGCUCUCCAGUUGCAUAUUCUGACCUUCUUUUCCCCUUGUAAGCAUUCACCAUAAAAGAAUUCAGGUUUUAUAGGUGUAUUGGUUUCCCUCUUAAACCAUCAUGAACUAUGGCAAACACAAUCUAAACAGUUUCUCUCUGUUGAACAUUUUCUUUCCUCUCUAAAUUCUCCAAACAGAACA